AUGAGACAGCCUGCCAAAAAGGCGACAAGGAUCUUUGUUGAGAGGUAUGGUGAAAUCACUGACCUGUACAUGCCUAAGGACCCAAAGAGAAGUGGACAUAGAGGUUUCGGGUUCGCUACCUUUGCUGAAAACGGUGUUGCAGAUGUGUAUCCCGGAGAUCUCAUGAAAUCUGUGGACAAGAGUUGGGAUAUGGAAUGCCGAGCGCAAGACAAUCAAGAUCAGACUGGAGGUACCGGCCAUACUAAUAAUGCACACCUUACAAACAUUAUCAUUGAGCUUUUGGCUUUGUCAGUUGUAUUGAAACUUCACUUGUCAGAUAGAUUUAUUGAAUCCUCAAUGAUCAAUUUAUUUGUUAUGUUUCUUUCCCUUUGGGAAUAACUGAAACCUGCUUUCGUGAUGGUAUUACUAACGCUGGGAUUUUUAACCGAACAGAACCGACCCAAAAAGUUUAGCAAUACCAAUUUUUAACCAAAAUUCCAAACCAAACUAACAAAAAUCCGAAUCGAAAUAACUGAAAUUAACCAUUCUUUUUUUCAAAUUUUAUUCAAUUGUAACAAAAAUAUUUAACCAAAAAUUUUGGUUAAAUUUUUUGAAACCGAACUAACCGGAAACUAAUUUUAUUUUUUGUUCACUUAGAUUUUGACCGACCCGAACUAACCGAAUUAAAAGACCCAAACUAACCAAAGAAACCGAACCCGCAGACCUAGGUACUGUGAAGAGAAAUGAAAGUUGGGAACAGAUCAAAAGCUUUACAAGAAAAUUUUGCAGUGUACAAAUGUUUUUGUUUUUGUUCAAAUUUGUCUUUCACAA